AUGGCUGCGGAGACAGGAACUGCGGAAGGGUCUAGAAGACCCCGGCGCUUCACGUUCUCCGACGAAGCCCCUGCCCCGCAGUCUGCACCGGCGCCAAGCGCCUCGUCGACUGCCAUCCCUCCGCGGCAAGGCUUUUCAGCGGCCACCCCGCCGCCUUCCUACGGGGGCUUCAGCCAGCAACCAAGACCGGCACCGGCAGUACAUCCGCCGGCUGCUUGGCCCCAGCAGAACUGGGGAACGGCACCUGCUGCCGGCUGGGGCGCUGGUGCUGCUGGCCUCGCCGGUGCAGGUGAUGGCUGGGGAGGCGAUGCUUGGGCAGGUGGGUGGGGCCCAAGCGAUGGCUGGGCAGGCUGGCAGGGUGCCUGGGGCAAGGGAGGAGGAGGAGGCGCAGGUGCGUUUGGCGGCCCUCCCAUGUUCGGGACCGUGCUGAUUGGCACGGUAAAGAGCUACUCUGCCGUCAAAGGCUUUGGGUUCCUCAUUCACCCUGACAUUCCGCAGGACAUAUGGUUUGCGAAGGAAACCGUAGCUGCGGAGCUCAGGACCUCCGACCUAGCAGGGACUGCCAUGGCUUUCGAGCUCAUGAGGGCCCCGGAUGGCAAGCCUCAGGCUCGCAAUCUGCGACCCGCCCCGGCUGGCGCCGGGAUGCCCCCACCCCCGGUGAACCCCAAUCACCACCCGCAUGCAAUGCCGGGCUUCCGGCCGGGAAUGCCUGGCCAUCCCGGCCUUGCCGGAUGUCCGGGCCUCGUCCGGCCUGGCUUCCCUGGCGCAGUCCGUCCUUUAGGAGCCGUGGGUGUUGGAGUUGGAGUUCCGCUUGGUGGCUGUGGCCAGCCCAAAAGACGGGCUUGGUCGCCUCAUGCCGGUUCUCGAGCCAUAGCUACAGCCUCUUUGGAAGAGGGGCAGGCGGCAGGCGUCCCGCCACCUGUCGUUGAGGAGAAGGCUCCGCCCUCCGCGUCCGAGGCGGCUCCAGCAGCACGUGGCAAACUGCAGUCACGAGAAGAGCCCGUCCUCACGAAGAACAAGCGAGGAGUCCUCGGAGAGCUCCUCGGAGAGGCGGCGGAAAAAGAAGAAGAAGGGAUUGGAUUUGAGAGAAAGCGUCUCCGGCAUCUGAUGUGCCAAGUGCAUGCAGCCUUCACGGAGAACUUGUUGGACGAUGGGGAGCCCGAGCUGCUCGAAGGUCUGCCGCUCUGGAUCCUCGAGAACCAGCAGAUUGGUUGGUCUGGUGCCUGGGAAGAGACCCCGACGUCGGAAAGCCGAAGCUGGGCUGACAGCCUGAUCGAGGAGCGGGCACCACCUUACGAAGUCCUGGCCGAUGAUGGCGUGACGAAGCUGAAAGACGUUCACUUUACCUCGUCAGAUCUGAGGGUCCUGGUCUACCCAGCAAAGCCCGACGGCGAGGAAAUCUCCUGCCUCUAUGGCCCGAAGGUGGAUUCGACCACCGACUGCGAUGGCUGGAUCUACGCAACGAAGCCAAACAGGCUAGACUCCCAACGCCUGGGUGGUCGUGCCACACCUCGCUUCGGGGAUCGGGUGCGGCGCCGGCGCUGGCGCCGAGGUGAACCGCUUCGUUCCGAAAGCGCCGCCCGCAUCUUUUGGUGCGACAACAGCUCGAGUGCCAUGCAGAGCCUUUGGAAUGCUGUCGGUGACCUUGCUGGUAGACGCAGCAUGUCGCAAGUGCCUAUCGAUCCUACCGCAGUCAUCCGACGUUCGCACAGCGACGUGGAGAAGUACCAGAACCUCUGCCAGAGGCUAUCGCCAUGGGAUGAUUUGCCUACACUGGCAGACAUGGUGCUGGCGGCAGUUUACAGCCGGGCUGCAUAUGCCUAUACCGGACGGCGCGGUUUGUUCGAUUCCGUGACACAAGGAGCCAUGGUUUUCUCGCUCCACCGUGCGGCCUUCGACUAUGCAGAGCAUGUCGACGACGCAUCCAACGAGGCAGCCUUCCUCGACAUGAUGUGCCUGGCACCGGAAGACCUGCUGUGCGCACAAUGGCGCAGCCUGGGGCCGCUGCAGCCAGCCUUCGCAGUUGCACGGGAUCACACCCUUAAGUGGAUCGUGGUCGCGGUCCGCGGGACUUUGUCGCUGAAGGACAUCCUCACGGACUGCGCCGUAAACUCGGUUCCAUUUCUGGAAGGCACAGCUCACGAAGGCUUCGUGAAGACCUCGCAGAAGCUGCUCGAGGAGAUCGAGGAGCUGCUGCGGAAGGAGAUGCAAGCCCACCAGGGCUACAGGCUGGUGUUUUGUGGGCACAGCAUGGGUGGAGCCGUCUCAGCCAUGUGCGUGGCCAUGCUGCGGGAUAAGGCAGCCAAAGAUGUGGCGCGCUAUGGACAGUGGGCAUCACAGUGCUGUGCUUACGGCAUUGGCACUCCUGCGGUGCUGUCUCGAAACAUUUGUGAACGUCUCGCCCAAAGCCGCGCGGCUUUCGUGGUUGUGAAUGCGCAGGAUUGGUCUCCACGUGCAUCCGUGUCGAGCGUUUCCGAGCUCCUGGACGACUUGGUGGAGCUCAGCCUCGCGCGCACAAUGAUGCGCAUGGCCACAGGUGCUGGGCAAGAGCCACGGCGCCCCGAGCCUGAGCAGCUCGAGCAGCUUCCACCUGGCGUGAUGCUGCAAAUCGUGCCGGGCCAGGACCAGUCCUUGUUGAAAGCAUCUGUGGUGGAUUAUCGCCACUCGAUGCCUGCUUGGCCCGACGUCGCUGCUCACAUCCCUUUGGCCUACGUGGAAGGUUUGGCCGCGGGCCUCGCGCGAUGCCUUCGCAGCGAGGGCAGCGCGAAAUGGCGCCACCUUCCCGCACUUGCCGCGCUGCGCCGGCUGAUGCAAGGGGAGCGCGAGCCUGCAGCAACUGCCAAGCUUCCAAGCUUCCCCGACAAGGCUCGCGAAGUUCUCAGCACUGAGCUGCGGAUGCUGUGCUCUGAGAGGAGCCGGAGCCCGAGGAAAGUGGGCGAACACGCCGGCGCUAAGGGCAAGACAACAUCGCCGGCCAUCGAGCAGGCCAAGCUCGAGGCCUUGGAAAAGCUCAGAAAGCUCCAGUCCGUCGAGCCCAAAGAAGCGAGAGCGAAGGAGUGGAGAGCGCUGUUGAGAGAUUGGCAUCCGGACAAGAAUCCGGACAACAUCGAGGUGGCCAAGGAGGUGUUUCAGUUCCUCCAGAAGGGCAAGACCAUUAUCAACGUGUAG